ACAGCCACCACCAUUUUCCUUGAUUCUUUUUUAUUUCUUCUCCCUGAUGAGGCUGGACAAAGUCUUCAUGCUUCUGGCCACUCUGUGUAUAAGAAGUUUCAGCUCACUUUAAAGCUUCAGUCUUACAUGCAGGUGAGACCUUUCCUCCCUGCGCUCCAAGGAUGUGGAGGAAGAGGAAGAAGGGUGAUGUCUUGUCAUUCUCCUCCUCCCAUUGUUGGAGUAGAGUGGGGAACACUGUGUACGCACGUGCGUGUAUGUGUGUGUGUGUGUGUGUGUGUGUGUGUGUACAUGUUCAUGUGCAUGUACACCGAGGCCAGAGAAAGGCAUUAAGUGCCUUCCUCAGCAACUUUUUGCCUUGUUUUUUUGAGACAGAAUCUCUCACAGAACCUAUAAUUCAUUAAUUCAGCGAGGCUAGAUGGUCAGUGAGCUCUGGAGAUCUCUCUGGCCCCUCCUCUUCCGGUGGUUUGGUUACAGGAAUGCAUCACUAUGCCAGGCCUUUUAACAUGGGUAUUGCUGGUCCAGACUGAUGACCUCAGGCUUGUGUGGCAAACACUGAGCCAUCUCCCAGCCCCAAGGCAUUCUUUGUUUUGCCUCCAUUCCUUUCCUCGUCUUUCUAACUGAGCCAGCAGGGCUUGUUUCUCGCUGUUGCUGUUGCCCGGGGUUGCCUCUGUUUUAAGAUGUGCGGCUUUCUCGAGGAAGCUCAUCUUCACCCAGAUCCCCUCAGGCCCGGCUCAUGCUUCCAGCUCCUCUCUGUUGAAGCAUUUCUCCUCCCACAGACAGCAACGCCAUGGGUACAGCACAGUUUCUGCUCCCGCAUUUGGAGUCUGUGCCUCCAAGGCGCUCUCAUGGGGACCAGAGGAUCACGAAGCACACGACACUAAGGGCCCUUCAUAGCGUUAGUUCCGCAAGCUUCUCUCCAUCAGCACUUUCUUAAGAAGACACACAAAUUGUGUGAGAUGCCACAAUGUCUUCAGCUCUGGGUGGGGGGCGGGGGGAACAAAAGUAUGGCGUGAUGGUUGUUCUGUUACGUGUACUUUUUAAUCAGCUUUCCUGAUGGGGAAGUGGAGUGCCAGUCUACCCUUAUGGGGCACCCCACUUUCUAUCCUAAUUGUCUGGGAAACUGCACCCUAUUUGUUUAAAUCCUGGAGAUGAAGAAUGUGCACCAUGAGAAAGCUCUGAGAAGCCAUCAUUCCUCAGAGCCUGAGAACCGGUCCUCCCUCUCUCGUCUCCUCAGUAAUCUCUUUAUAAUAGUUUAUUUGCAGGGUGGUGACUGUGGUCAUAGGGGCUGCUUAGCCACCUUUCAGAAACCCUGAGGGGAUUACUGGGCCCCCAUGUUGGUGGCUGUCUUUAGACUGUGGAAUAUUGCUGCCUCAUAUUUCCAGAAGGAUCCCCAAGAAAGCAACGGUAGCCCCACCCAGUAUCUUUUUCUAUAACCAAUAGUUCAACUCUGCUCUCUGCCGCAGCGAUCCAAACAUGAAGACAAAAGCUCAUUUCAAAAAGAAAAAAAAAAACGCUUCAUCUAAUGCUAUAUCCAAAUCUAAAUAAACUUCGAAAUGCACUUAACAAAGCUAGAAGCCUGGAAACACUCGACAUGGGGUGCAAUAAUGUAGAAUAAGAAUCAAAUGCCUUUCUGUGUAAAAUGGGCACAGGCAUGAGUGAGAAGACAGGGUGCUUUCCUUCGGUUUCCAAGAAGCAGGAAAGAGGGUGGGAGAUGGAAAGGGGUGUGGAAGAGAGGAGGAGAGAGGUGGAAAAGAAGAAAACAGUGACAAACAGUUAGGGACUCACUCUUUGCUUUCAUUCUUGGCUCCCAUGGACACCGUGAGGAACACUGCAGGCCUCUCUGGGGAGGGCUGGAAGUUGGCAAGCUUUCUUCAGUCUCAAAACACGUUAGAGAUGUGGCCUCUUCAAGAGGGACUGACUGGUACCCAGCGCUUGAGGAGGCAGCAUUCCUAACCCGGGGAGACAGGAAAAAGCAGAAAACCCUCAAGUGUAGUUAACGUUCUGCCAGCGGCCCUCUCCCAAGUUGCCUCCUCCUCUUGCACUGGCUCUUUUUCAUGAAGAAAACAAGCGCAGUAAAAGAGACCUAACCUACCGCAGCCCAAGAAACGAAGAUUUUCAUGGUGAGAACCUGGGUUUGCAGGUAAGUGAUGCUUAUCUUGUUCUCUGGUGAUGUGUUAGUCCGUACUUGAGAGUCUAAAUCAAUCUGACUUAACAGUAGUCUCUGAAGUUGAACUGUCCUGUUUCUGACCAUGUCCCUUCUUUAAUGCUAAUCUUACUUUAAUGAAUUAUUACCACUAUGGCCUUGGCAGGAGCAGGAGCAACCGCUUGCUACUCUGUACACAUUCUGUGAGGAAGCCCUGAGGUGAGUAUUGGGAGAGACCCAAAGAAGAAAAAAAAUGUGUCCCCUUCAUGGGAAUGUUCCUAGAUUUAAGGAGGUGGAAAUGUGGGUUUGGAUAUUGCAACUUCAUCCGAUGAGGCAGUUUGGAGUUCAAUAAAAUUCGGUUUCAAACUAAUUGGUGGCCAGACACCAGAGACCAGCAUCUUGGUUCUUUUAGGUUGGUUGUGAAAGACACGCGCUUCACUCUCUGCAACCACGAAGAGGAUGGACAGAAACAUGGCAAGGGGACCACUGUACAAGCAGUUUGACUCAGAGAGGAAGAAUGCCAGGCGAGCUGAAGCUAGACUCAGCCUGAGCCUACAAAGACUAGAGGUCAUCUGCCUCUACCAUGUGAAGACGCUGGCCAGGGAGCAGAGGCAACUUCAGAAAGAACUGCAGCGGCUGCAGCAAGAUGUCAUCAAGAAAAGGUUCUCCUCUUAUGCCGAGAAUGGGAUGCAGAAGAGACCAAGAGAUUCUCUCACGUUCUCACCACAAACAGGACAGAGGCGCGUAGCCACGCAGCCUAAAAUCAGGGUACUGGCAACCACAAUGACCCAAGAAGAUAAAACUAAGAUUCAUGGGCCCUCUUUACCUGACUCUGCCCUCAAAGCUGUCCUGAGAAGCCAAGAGUACCGGCAAUCCAAGUGUGAGAGCACCAGCUGCUUCAAGGAAGAGUAUUCAGGAGUCCAGGAGGGAGAGUCUACGAAACCACUUAAGGGCACGGACCCGAACAGGGAUGUCUCUGUCCCGUGUCACGGCCAAGAGGUUUCCACCAACAGUACAGAAGACAGCCCUGCGUCCAGCCCAGAUGGUGCGAGGGAGUCAGAACCUGCAGAUGAGACUAGAUCAAAAAAUGCCGAUCUAAAGCCACACGGGGAUACUGGGGACCAAAAUGUCCCAUGCUCUGUGGAAUGUACAGGAAGCUUCAACGGCAAGUGCACAAAGCCAACCUUCCUAGAGCUAUUUGCAAAGGCCAAAGAGGCCCACUAUCUCCGCCACAGGGUGCCACCCGAGUCUGAGAGGAUGCUUAGCAUUGGGGAGAUAUUUGGACGGAGAGACGCCUCACUACCCAGAGCAGGGAAAAAAAUGUGAAAAUGGUACCAAGUUCCUUCCUUCUUGGCUGUGGAAUGUAGCCUGACACUAAGAUACCAUAAUCACUAAGGAAAUGUGACCCUCAAAUAGCUGCAAUAAGCAAAGCACAGAAAUAAGUGGAAAUCCAAGACAAUUUUCUUCUUCAUCGUUAGGGCCUUUUAUAUGAUCUUUCUCAGAAUAAACUUGCUCACAAUAAAGGCUACUAUGAAAGGAGGGAGGAAUAUUUGAAAAUAUUUUAAAUUGAGAACCUGGACUUGUUUGAUGGAGAGGAAGUCUUGUUUAUUCAAAGUCUGUCUGUAGAGGAGCUGCUAUAGCGCCACCUGCUGGCCAAUCAGCACAGCUAGUCACCUUGUUUUCCUUUCUUUUGGGUUCUCAUGGGAACCCCACUGAAAUUAUGUACAGUGCUGUGGUCUCC